AUGUCUGCAGGCGAUGGCAUACAGGUGUCAUUAGUUGAUGAGGAGGAAGAUCUGCUGGGGUAUGAUGAUGUCCCGGAGGAGGGUUCCGAGGAUGAAUUGGAGAGCGGUUCAAACGGGACUGACCAAAUCGAAGCCCGCAAAGCUGCUGAAAUGCUAUUGAAAAAGGAGAAGCCGUGUGUCACCGUAUCAUACGAAACUGAUCUGUUUUUGUUGUUCGAUUGCGACGACCAAACUGGUCUCCCGAAUGUUUCCUCAAUCAUAUGCGAGAAAGAAAGUGAUCUCCAUGAUUCCUGUAGUGGGCUGUUUGCCUCACUGCGGCGAUUUUUAGAAGAGUUUUACGGUAGUCUUUCAUUCCUUUCGAAGGAACUACUGCUGGAUAUACCUUGUCUGGAUAUAGUGCUAUGCGAGGACAAUAUUUACAACGGCCAGAUAACGUUCGAUGACAUUGCUACCAUAUUCAAGAUCCUAAAGGAAAGAUCAGAAAGGAACAUGGAGCACAAUAUUCCACGGUGGCUUGAGACCAGGUUGACGGUAAGACCGCGCUUUGUCUCUAGAUAUAAUGCCUUAGUGGAGCUGACUCAGACUUCCGCGACCUUGGGUAAUAUAAAGCCAUUCACAAACGACAGCUCGAAUCCUCUGGUGCUGGACGAUACCAGCACGCCUGCUGUUGCAGUAGUUGAAACCGUAACAAUGGACGUCGAUGACGAAGACGAAGGUGGGGAGGAGGAUAGGAUGGAAGACCGUGGACAAGACAGGCCGCGCUCACAUGGAGAAGCCUCAGAGAAUGAAUCUGACGAGCUGCUUGAAAUUGUAGAUGAAGAAGCUGAUGAAGAGGAAAACAGCCGGAGUUAA